AAUUCACAACCCUUUUCGCCAUUAUUGUAGAAUUCAAUAAACUCAGAAUUGCUGUUAGCAGGCAGUAAAGUAGCGGCUUCUUACCAUGGCAGUCAACUUUCAGACACAGAUACGAGACAAUACCCUGUUGAAAGAAUCAUUUUGACACUUGAAGUUGUCUGAUGUGCACGAAGCGAAACCUUCAAGGAGUCAAGAACUUGAUACAUUUUGGGUCCUAUAGACUGAAUGUGCAAUACAUGCACGAGUACUCUUCCUUAAAAUAUUCUCAAAAAACAAUGAGGAUGCUAAUCCAUAUUAAUGGCGGUUGCAAAUAAAAUUGAACUUCGUGAGUUCUUGAACGAUCUGCAAAAUUGGGAACAAUCUAUAAAAGAGAGAGAUAAGAAUUUAAAAAGUCAGGCUCAUGAGCAGGAGAAGCCAAACCUCCCACCUGUCAGAGGAAGAGUGCAGAAGACAAGCCAAUCAAGAAGAGUGCAGGACUCAAGCCAAUCACCAUCCUCAUCUGUUUUGGGGAUGAACAAAAGAAAAGACGAGUCUCACAAGGAUGGGAAUAUUGGAAAAUCAACAGCUGCAAGUCACACCUAUGAUAAUUUUCAUAAUAAGUGGGAAAAAUUUGAUGUUGAUGCUGCUCUGAGAGAGGUGGACGAAAGCGAAGAAUGGUCUUCUCCAAGGAAAGCUUCUGCAAAGGAAGUAAGGACUCCAAGCAAAAGUGCAGAAAUAGGAAAUUUAUUGAAAAAAAAAUUCGGUGAUCAAAGUUCUGGAACAAUCAACAGACUUGCUGGUGCCUUUACACGUAGUGAUCCUACAACAGAUGCAAUAUCAGAGAAAGAGCAGGGUAAUGAAUAUUUCAAGGCAAAGAAGUAUGCUCAGGCGAUUGAUUGCUAUUCUAGAAGUAUAGUAUUAUAUCCAACAGCUGUUGCUUUUGCAAAUAGAGCAAUGGCUUACAUCAAAAUUAAAAGGUUUGAGGAGGCAGAAUAUGACUGUAAUGAAGCCAUUAAUUUGGAUGAUCGGUACGUAAAAGCAUAUUCUCGGCGUGGUACAGCUAGGAGGGAACUUGGGAGUCUUCUAGGUGCCAGAGAAGACUUUGAGUUUGCACUAAGGUUAGAACCAGAAAAUAAGGAGCUCAAGAAACAAUACCUAGAAGCUAGGGUAUUGUAUGAGAAGAAAAUUGGCAAUAAGCUACCUGAGGAGAAAGCCCCAAUUGUUAUUCAAGAAGUGGCAAGUACUCCAGCUGAGAAUAUUUCAGAAAAGACACAGACUGAAGCAGAUCAGGGUAUUAAGGCUUCAACUGCGUCAGUAGACAAAGCUGCCAGCUCUCACUCAACUAUAUCUAAAGACUUCCUGGACAUGGAGGUUGACUCCAGAAAAGUAGGGAACCAUGUCAAACAGAAAAGCUUGAAUGGCAAGCAAAAGAAAGAUUCACAAUUAUCGGCACAGGCAGUCACCGCUCGUGCAGCUUCACGAGCCAUGGCUGCAGUUGCACAGAAUAUUAUUGCUCCAAAAACAGCCUAUGAGUUUGAGACUAUGUGGAAAGGGUUUUCAGAAGAUCAGUCUGCACAAUCAGAGCUACUAAAGGCUAUGGAUCCAUCAUCUUUGCCGAAAGUAUUUAAAGACGCUCUGUCAGCUCCUUUGUUGAUAGAUAUCAUCAGAUGUAUUAAGUGCUUUUUCAUGGAGAAUCUUGAUUUUUCUCUUCACUCCCUAGAAAAUUUGACCAAGGUUGGUCGAUUUGACAUGACCAUAAUGUGCCUUUCCUCUAAGGAUAAAGCUGGUAUCAAGAUGGCGACUCCAAAGCCCGGAGGAUCUACAAGUUGGCAGGUUCUCAUCAAAGAAGAUCAAGCAAGGAUAAGGGUGACCUCCUCCAGUCUAGCAUCAUCAUGACUAACCUCUUCCAAUCCAGCAUUCCAAGCCCUUCGCCAGAUGUGGGAUGAAGUCUUCACCAGUGAGAGGGUACCAGCUGAUUUCCGAGAAGAUUUGAAUAGGUUGCGCAAAAAAUAUUGCCGCUGAUUAGAUA